GUCCGCGGGUGCGCUGGAGUGGAGGGGAGGGAGUCUGGGCGCCUUUUCUCUCGUGUUCCGCCUAGGGGUUGGGCCGUGGGAGGACCGGAGGAGAGGAGAGGUCCGCAGCGUCCGUCCAUGGCGGAGAGGCGGCCGAUCUACAGGGAGCCCGGCAAGCCCCGGCGGCGGCCCCGCUCUCAGGGCAGUGUAAAUUUGUCAGUUCCGAUGUGGGAAAAGAAAUUUUGCACUGAUGCUUGUGCUGUCCCCUGGGCUAAACUGUGUGAGGCCAAGAGAUUGAUGACUCUGUACAAAAGUGUGGUUGAUUGGGAUGACUCGGCUGCAUUAGAAGCCUUCAACGAUGCAAAGGCGCGCUUCUGCGCUGUAUAUCAUGGUCAACAUUAUGAUAUCCCUUUGCCUGACCCGGACAUGUUUAUUGAUAUAAUCAACCCAGAUGAGUAUGUUGAUCUUGAAUUGGUAGCUGAUCUGGAGAAGUCACGUCGUCGCGUUCCCAGAAAAGAUGAUGGUGUUCCUGAUGUAUGGGACUCUUUUAUUUUAUCUGACAAGCCAGUUCCAGUUACAGGAUGGGGUGACACGGAUACCAGCUUCACUCACGGCCAGCAGCUCUCUGUAAAUUGGGACUAUCAGCUAAAACACUCAGUUGAAGCAAAUCAUAAACAUAUGUCAGCAAAUUGGGAUUAUUCUAUCAAGCGACCUGCUCAAAUAGUUUGUCAGCAAAACUCAGGGAAACAGCAGGAUCAAACCAGCAGCCAGGGGGAGCAGACGAAUUCUUGCAUUAGCCACUGGAUCAUGAGGGGUGGCUCCCAGGAUGCUUGGAAGCAUGAUUCCGGCUGGGGUCCUGCAGCUAUUCAGACCGAUCUAUGGGACAACCGUCAAGGUAGCUAUGAGGUGCCUGACAGCACGGGUAUGCCAUAUGGACACUGGACUCACUGCAGAAGGCGAAACGAUGACUCGGGUAGAAGAAACACCAGGAAUAGAGGAGGCCCCAUUAGCUCAAAGCCAAUGAAAUCGAAGUAUCAAACGGAUGAACACAACGUUGCAAUCAAUGGGUGGUGGAACUGCCGAAUAAGGAAUGAUGUGUAUUAUUACCCACAUGGGCAGGCUGAUUAUACCAAGCAGUCACACGCAAUGUGAGUAAGAAGCUAGGGGGGUUUCGGCAUUGGGAGAAGACGGGAAGUUCCCCUCUCUGCCGUCCGCUACUCCAACAGUUGUAAUGGUGGAGGUCUUCAGUUAGUAGAUCUUCUGCAGGUUGUGUCCCCCUACCCCUGGCCCCCCCCUUAAGCUGCUGUAGUCUGUAGAUAGUGCUAAUUAUUAGCCUAAUGAUUGCUUUGUUUAGCAAUUGGCAAUGUACAUCUGUCUCGGUAAUAAAGAGCUAAAUAUUAU